GGAGUCAAUCCCCUCGGACAGUUGACUGGAAGAACACCACCACAAAAUUCCCCAUCUCGUGCGCGCCCCUAGAUUUCCGCACAUCUCUGCACCACGCCGCAUGUAAUCUCCACCUGCAACCUCUAGAUUUGGGUCGACGACCCGCGAAAAUGGCUGGCGGCGACCUGCGCAGCCUGGCGUUGGUCUCGACCGUGGUCACCGCCGCCAUGUGCUACGUCCGCUUCGCGGCGCAGCGCCUCCGCCCGGGCCUCCCCCGCCUCGCCGCGUUCCUCCCGGUGCUCGCCGUCCUCCCUUUCCUCCCCCUCGCCUUCCACGCCAUCCAUCCGCGCGCCAUCUCCGGCUUCUUCCUCGCCUGGCUCGCCGAGUCCAAGCUCCUCCUCCUCGCCGCAGGCCAGGGCCCCCUCCACCCGUCCCUCCCGCUCCCCGCCUUCGUCGCCGUCGCCUCCGGCCCCGUCCGUCUCCGCGCCGACAAGGCCGUUCAAACGUCGUCGGGCCUCGGCCUCGUCUCCUCCGCCGUCAUGGCCGCGCUGCUCGCGGUCAUCGUUUACCUAUACCGCUACAAGGAGCAGAUGAACCAGUACCUCCUGCUCACCCUCUACUCGUUCCACGUCUACCUCGCCCUGGAGCUCGUGCUGGCGUCCAUGGCGGCGGCAGCUCGCGCCGUGCUGGGCCUGGAUCUGGAGCCGCAGUUCGACCGGCCGUACCUCUCCUCAUCGCUGCGGGACUUCUGGGGCCGGCGGUGGAACCUGUCCGUGCCCGCGAUUCUCCGGCCGUGCGUGUACCGCCCCGUGCGCGCGUGGCUCGGCAGCGCGCCCGCGGGGGUGCUCGCGACGUUCCUCGUCUCGGGGCUCGUGCACGAGCUCAUGUUCUUCUACAUCACGCUGCGGCCGCCCACCGGGGAGGCCACCGCCUUCUUCGCGCUGCACGGGGCGUGCGCGGUGGCGGAGGCCUGGUGGGCGAGGUACGACAGGUGGUGGCGCCCGCCGCCGCUGCUCGCGACCCCGCUGGUGCUGGCGUUCGUGAUGGUGACGGCGUUCUGGCUCUUCUUCCCGCCCAUCACGAGGCCCGGGGCCGACAAGGUGGUCAUCGCCGAGUGCGAGGCGGCGAUCGCCUUCCUGCGGGACGCCGGGGCCUGGGCUGCCGGCUUCGUCCGGCCGGCCUGAACCGGUCGCUCGUAGUGCGGACGACCGGUGCCUCACGCCUGACGCGACCGCGAUCCAGACAGAUCAUUUCUUGGUGAAUUGGCGUGGGCACCACACUGAGCAGCGAUGACUGUUAAUUACUA